GCAGCAGUGCCCGCCAACCUCCGACGUGGCCGCACGUCUCUCGUUUUUAUUAAAACAAAACCUUAUAAAAACGCGAGUGACCUCUAUGGUAAUCAAAAGUGCUUGUCUAUGAACGUACUGUGAGUGUUGUGUCAAGAGACAAUGUGAUGUGAGUGUGUGAUGAAUUAAGUUUUAAACAUUUUGUGACUUUUUUGUGUUCAAGCUGAAGAAGAAUUUUGGUCGGUCUGGCACAAUGAAACGGCCCCGGCACAGAUGGCUCUCUGUCAGCAUAUUCUGUAUAGUCCUCACAGUUUUGGCCUCGGAGCUGCCCAUCACGUCGGCAGCGAGAGCGACUUCCUUGAUCUUCGCGAAGACCACCACCACCACAACGCCUGCGCCCGAGGAGGUGCCAGAGACUGAAGAUGGACCCCAGACGGAGCCUACGGCGGAAGAUGGCGAUGCGUCGAAUUCGACUAGCAAACUGACAGGCAUACCGCAGAUCGACUAUAUCCACGACCCGAACCUUCCCCGGGAGCUGAACGGGUACAACCUCUCCGGGUAUCCCUUCUACGAAACCGUUCCUCCUCCGGAAACCAUGGACUUCAAGUGUGAUGGACUCCAUGAUGGGUUCUACGCUUCGGUCCCACAUAAAUGUCAGGUGUAUCACCACUGCCUCUUCGGCACUAGAUACGAUUUCCUCUGCGCCAACUACACCGCCUUUGACCAGAAGACGUUCAUCUGCCAUUUCGUCUCCGAAGUUGAUUGCAAAAAUUCACCAAAUUAUUUCAACAGAAACGAAGCUCUCUACAAGGCAGCGUCUACUGAUCCACCACCGCCACCACCUACCACCACAACUACAACCACUACCACGCAGCGGCCCACCCGUCCACCCAGAAGGCGGCCACACUACAGAUAUGAUUACUACGAUGACGACUACUACUACAGGGAUGACUACGACUACGAUGAUAGAAGGAGACCAAGACCUCGCCCUGGUGGGAGACCAGGGAAGAAAAAGAGGCCAGUAGACGACUAUGAGGAUGAUAGGUACGAUCGACGUCCAAGACCCAGAGACGAAGAACCAGUUGAUACGUUUGAAGAAAGAAGGCCGUAUGAUAGACGCCCAGGAAAAAGGAGGCCUUAUGAAGAAGAUGCUGACAGACGACCAGGUUUCAGGCCUGGUAGACGUCCUAGGCCCAGAGACCAAGAUGAUGACCGCUACCCCCCCGAUGACCGGUACACUCCCGAAGAUGAAGACAGACCAAGAGGCGGAAAGCGAGAUGGUGCUAGAGACGAUAUGAGACCAAAAAGACCUAGAGAUGACUACAGACCUAGGGAUGAAACCAGGCCAAGAGAUGAAUUUAGACCUCGUGAUGAAGAACCCAUCAGGGCAAAAGAUGAAACUAGAGCCAGAGAUGACAUAAGACCACGAGACGAAAUACGGCCAAGGGACGAGAAAAGGCCUCGAGAUGAAACCAGAUCCAAGGAAGAUUCAAGAUCCAGAGAUGAGAUAAGGCCUAGAGAUGAAAUAAGACCAAGAGACGAAAUCAGGCCAAGAGAUGAAUUACGACCUCGUGAUAGCAUCAGAUCUCGGGAUGAAAUAAAGCCCAGAGAAGAGAGACGUCCACCCAGAGAUGAAGUUGUUGAAAAACCUAUCAGGCCAAGGGAGGAUCGUUACCAAAACGAAGGUAGAAGAUACAGAGAAGAACGGCCUUAUAGAAAUAGAGAUGAAAGACCGUAUGCUAAACCUGAAAGAAAUUACGAAAAUGACGACAGACUUCAAGAAGACAAAAAAGAUACACCCUCAGCACCAGAAGGACUAGUCAAGCCAAACGGUCACGGGCUCUUCAGCCAACCCAGAAUGCCCCCAAAAGUUAAACGACCAGUUCCGAUUAAUGAAAGGGGAAAAUAUGAAUAUGUAACAGUUGCUACAACAAAAGCGCCCCCAAAGGCAGAGGAUGAUUAUUACUACGACUAUGAAGACGAUGACACUAGUAAAUCAUUGCCUUCUGCAAAGUCUGCCGCCAUACAGCAAAGACCUAAAGCGGAGCCAGUAGAAAAGGAAAAAUUUAAACCUUCAAGGCCACUUAUCACUGGCCCGGGAGGCAAAGGACGAAAGACUAAAAGACCAAUAGAUUAUGAAGAUGAAUAUUACAAUCCUCCGCCUACUGGCAGAGGUCAGAAAUAUUCUUAUAAUCAGAGAAAUAAAGAAGAACGUACUCCGAAACCAAAUGAUGACUACUAUUAUGAUUACGAUGAUAAAAAGGAUCAAAAAGAAAGAAUAGAGAGGCAAGAAGUAGAAGAGAAGGUCAAACAAGUUAGGCCUACAGUCAAAGUUGUAAAGCGUCCUUUUUUACCGUCUAGGGGUGGUAGCCCGUACCUGCCGCGCGGGCUGCAACCAGUCGCCGGCAGAGAUCUCACAGCUCCCUUAAACACCACCCCUAAACCCACCACCACUUCCACUACUACAACGACCACGACAACCACCAAACCUACAACUACUUCCCGCACCACAACUACUACAACAACCCGUACAACAACAACUAGAGAAACAACAACAACAACAACGCCGACUCCAACCACAACAACAAAACCAACAACAACUGUCACCACUGAAAAACCUACCACAUCACAACAACUGAGACAAGUUGUUGAGGAGGAAUAUGAGUAUUAUGACGAAGAAGACAUAGACUAUGAUAGAACAAAGAAGGAGUCAACAACAGCAGCAGCUCAUACAACGACAAAAGUAGAGACGACACAGCAACCGGAAACAACAACUGCAGAACUUAUAACUCAUGAGCAAAAGGCAAAGCAGUUAGCGACAAAAGUUUUGCGAGUUUACAACGAUAAUUAUGAAGCUAUUAGAGACAAACUUGAAUCCACGCUAUCACCUGGUGAUUACAUAAAACCGUACUUAGCAACCUCUAUUCCCUUUACUAAAGGAUCAGACUCAUACAAACCAAAAAUCAAAGUUGAAGUAUCAAAACCCUAUGGCCCAACGGGCAAACCAGUAAUUCCCGAAAAUAUAUCAAUAAAGCAAAAUCUCGCUGAUUCAGUAGAAAACGAUUUCGACGAUAGAUACAAUGAAGCGCUCUCUCCAAAUUUGCCAAUUAACAGAGUCCCGAGCGGUUUUGUGUCAGCCGAUCGAGAUUACACGUUCGCUAGAUUUCGAGGUAACUUCCAGAAUGCCGACCCGCAGUAUUCGGCGUCAGAAGUGAGUACCUACCAAGUCAGGAAACGUCCCCAUGUAAAUAUUAGGACGCCGUCUUCAUACUAUUUACAGCCGCAAAGACUGGUCUAUCAAGACGAUGUUCUAACUAGAUUUCCUAGGACAUUGUACAGGCAAUUUUUAGGUGAUUUUUAAAUGUGAUGAUAAGGUAACCUUUGAAAGAAUCGAUGAAAGCCUGUCGAUUAUAUUGCAACUGUGGCUGUAUACGUUAUGGGAGCAGAAUAUCUAUAGCGUAAUGUAAGACUAAAAAUAUUCUCAAUUCAUUAAAGAUAUGAUAUUACUUUAUUUAUAGAACAAAAAUUAUUCUUUAUUCAAUUCUCAUCUCGAACCAAAAUAUUUGCAAUCACAAUUGAUAUCUAUAUAAUCCAUAGGUUUUCGUAGAAAAUUGAAUCUUUUAUUUUAAUGCUUACCCUGAUCACUCAAAUGGACAACUAUUUAACGAAUUUGCUGCUCUUCCUUGGAAGAUAAUUACUGCUAUCAUUUUGUUAGCACCACAAUAAAUAGCAAAAUAAUUUUGAUAAAUAUUUAAUACAAAACAAGCUUUUUCUAUAAUACUCUUUCAUGGAAUAACAAUAGAUACUGGAUAAGUGUUAAUUACCCAAAAUGCCCGUUUAAUUAAUUUAUUUUUCUAUCUACCUUUUUGUUUAUAACUUGAAAUAAAAGAAAUGAUAUAUGCAAACAAGUAAGGGUAAAUAUUAAACUAAAUUAUUAUUUCACUGCCAAUGUAAUUUAAAAUAUUAUCGUAAGGUUUUUAUAUGAAUUUAGUUACCUUAUGGAUAAGAGCCUUUUUUCAAAGGUUACCCGAUGUGCAAGCGAAAGAAAUUUUGGCGAUUUUUAAGAUAUUCUGGUUAUUUCAUAUGAAUAUAUUGUGAAAAGACUUCAAUAAUGCUUAAACGCAACAGCAAAUAUUGGGUUUUAAACAUCAAAUUUAAGAAUAACCGCUAUAGUCGUGCUCAAAGCUAGUACUAUAUUUACAAUUGAUUGUUUACGGCACUAUCUGGCAACAUCAAAAUAAUUUACCUUCAGUUAUUGGCAUUCAAACGAUUAUAUUCAAUAUACACAAUAAUUAAAAUUACCAUAAUAACUGUGACACGUUGCAAAUGGUAAGAUUAUUUAAAACUUCCAAAAUUUCUUUCACCGGUACAUGAACACUUUAAUGUAAAAAUAACAUAAACACAUAUUUUUGUAUGUAAACCAUUUGUAAUAUUAAGAAAAAAACUGUAAAAUAUAAUAUAAAA